AUGUCCGCAUAUCCUACAGAUACCACAAACCCUGCAUUUCCUGAAUCACCGACCCUUCCACCUGAUAAUAAUGUCUCAGAAGAUCCUCGCCUAUCGAUUUCUCCUAAUAAUCCAGUCUCUUCUUCAAUUACUCAACAAACAUCAUCGUCCAAUCAACCUAACCAACGUGGUCCCACGCCGGCUGGCAGCCAAUCUCCGAUAGUAACAGUGACAACAGCAACGAGAAGACAUUAUCAUCAUCACGGAGGAGGAAGAAAGAAUUAUCAAGAUCCUCAUACACAUAUGCCUCAAGCACCACCAGUUCCUCCUGCGCCUGCACCAUCAAUGUACUGGUCAAAAAUGAGGACUCAUGGCAAUAUUCCGUCAAGACGCCGUGCACAUACCACCGCCUAUUAUAAUAAUUGUAUCUAUGUUUUUGGUGGUGGUGAUGGGGUUCGUGCCCUCAACGAUGUCUACAAAUUAGAUAUAUCUGACAUGAACAAUUUAGUCUGGCAAAAGCUAGAAACAACUGGGAGAGCACCAAUUUCUAGAGGUUAUCACACCAGUAAUCUCGUUGGAAAUAAGCUUGUGGUAUAUGGCGGUAGUGAUGGUCAUGAGUGUUUUGAUGAUGUUUUUAUGCUGGACUUAGAAACAAUUGGAUUAGUGUUAAUAUUGAAAAUUCUCGCCAACGGCUUUCACAUACUGCAACACAA